ACAGGAUGUAGAAUCCAAGUUCCGUGUUCAGAGCUGGUGACCCUUAUGUUUGUGCUACUGUCACAUUCACUUGCAGGUUGUUUUAUUGCUGUCAUUGGUCAAAUGUGUGUGGCAUGGAAAAGUGCGGUGAGUAUGAAAAGUGAAAGUAAAAAAAAGGUGAAAAGGAAAGCCAGUUACAGGACAGAGCUAAUACUUCCUUAAAUUUUAAUGGAGACGGGGAGGAGAUGCUUAGAACGCACCUUUAUCUGCAUCCUGGGAGCAGUGAUAAUCUUCUUCAUCUAUCUCAACUGUAACCGGGAUUUGAACUCGAACAGGGCUAAUCCAGGACCCCCAUCCGCAUCAGAGCCACAAUGGGAGGAUCCUGGGCCGUAUCAUGUGGCCUAUCCACGAGACUACAAGUUUAUCAUGAAUGACACGCCGGCAUGCAAGAACACCACUCCUUUCCUGGUCCUGAUGGUUCCGGUUGCACCCAGUGACGUGACAGCUCGGGACACCAUCCGGAAGACAUGGGGAAAUGAGAAACUGGUUCUGGGUCAGCCGAUCGAGACUCUCUUCAUACUGGGCCGACCGGGCGGAGCUGAUGCUGAGCAGCAGCAGGAGAAGCUCAAACAGGAGAACCUGCAGCACCAUGAUCUGAUCCAGAGUAACUUCCAGGACAGCUACCGCAAUCUGACCAUCAAGACAAUGGUGAUGCUGGAGUGGCUGGCUGUGCACUGUGCCGAGGCUUCCUAUGCCAUAAAGAUUGACUCUGAUAUGUUACUGCAUGUUCCGAAUUUGGUUAAACUGUUGCUGGAUCACAGAACAGCCAAGCAAAACUACAUGACUGGUUUGGUGUGGUGGAACAGCCCGGUUUUGAGAAACCCAUUCAACAAGUUCUACAUGCCAACAAACGUGAUUGCUGAGCCAGAGUACCCUCCAUAUCCUCUGGGCAUGGCCUACGUCAUGUCCCUGGACCUGCCUGCCAAGAUCCUGGUAGCCGCUCCUCAUAUUAAACCGAUCUUCAUAGAAGAUGCCUACCUGGGUAUGUGCCUAAAACACCUGGGCCUUUCCCCCACCGACCCUCCUGAAAAUACUAUGUUUAUUGUGAAACCCUUGCAUCCUCUGAGCAGCUGCAGCCUUUCAAAAGUGAUCGCCGUGACAACGACAAGCAUCUCACAGAUGACGUGUUACUGGGAGAGGAGCAGACUGCCAGAAGCUAAAUGUUGAACUUCGUCUUGUUUACCAACACUGAAUUGGACAAAUAUUGUACAGAAAUUAAAAUUGUGCAUAUUUAUUUUGUUUGCAGACAUGGAAGCACCUUGCUCCUUGGUUGGACAGAAAUGAUCUUUUUGUUUAAAAGACAAAACCGAUUUUGACCAAAUGCCUUAUUGUUUUCAGAUGUGCUUCUCAGCCAGCUGGGCUUUCAGAACUUUCUGAGCUGUAUCAGCUCUUACACAGUGAAGAAUAUCUGCUGUAUUCUAAACUAAAAUAAACGAGUUUGGUGGGUUAUCUCCUGAAAAACUCCUGACCCUGGAGCUAAAAGUUGCCAGUGUGAAACAGGGUUAAUGAAAUGUAAACAUAAAUGAUAUGCUAUAUGAUUGUUACGUUAACUGGCAGAGACCCAAGUUUCUAAGUCAAGUAUCAUUGAGGAUAUUGUUCAAAGAAAAAAAUUUAAAUAAGAAGACAGACUGGAUGGAAAACUCUCCGCCCACUUUGCAACUCUAUACAGUAUACUGGGGUGGGGUUAAGUAAGUAAGUAUGGCUUAGCCAGAUACCCCUUUCAGUCUUUUGUGUUUAAGGAGGGAGGCCUGCAGCUAUCUCUAUUGUCAUGUGACAACAGAAUGUGUGGUCAGUCAUACAGUUGGUUUGCCAUGAUUGGCUUAAACCCAGUACAUUCAGGUAUAUCUCUACAGUAUAUAAUAUUAUCCAUAUAGUGACGGGCAGAUAAAGCAUUAUGAAGCUUUGGUACUAUCUUUAAAUUUGUGUCAAAAAAGAUUCUAAGCAAAUAAACCAAUCUUCCUCGUCCUUUUCGGAUGUAGC